AUGCUGCUGUACGUUGAUGACAUCCUAAUAUCCGGUAAUGAUCGGUCCAGCAUUUCUUGGCUCAUCACUCAAUUGCAAAAACAGUUCUCCUUAAAAGAACUAGGCCCCAUUUCGUUUUUCCUGGGCAUUCAAGUUCUUCAUAAGCCAAAUGGUUAUUUCCUCCAUCAGUCGCAAUAUGCCCAAGAAAUCUUACAAUCCGCUGGCUUAACAGAUUGUCAACAUUCACGGACUCCAAUUGCUCUCAAACCGAUUCUUAGUUCCAGCAAAUUUCUGGAUUCCGACCCCAAGAAAUAUAGACAAAUUGCCGGUUCUUUGCAAUACUUGACCAUCACACGUCCAGAUAUUGCAUACACAACUAAUCGUAUCUGCCAACACAUGCAUAGUCCCACGGACCAAGACUUCAACACUCUCAAGCGGCUGUUACGCUACAUCAAAGGAACACAUUCCUUCGGUCUUCUAGUCACUAGAGGUAAUCUUCUUCUCACAACCUUCUCUGACUCUGAUUGGGCAUCAGAUCCUCAAGACCGCAAAUCAAUCUAUGGAUUCUGCACGUUUUUGGGCAAUACACUAGUCUCAUGGUGUGUCAAGAAACAACCUACCGUUGCAAAAUCCUCCACGGAAGCUGAGUAUAGAUCACUAGCCGCUGCUAGUUCGGAUAUCAUUUGGCUUCGCAGGUUAAUUGCUGAUUUUGAAGUGUUCUUGCACUCACCUACUACACUGUUAUGUGACAAUACUUCUGCUCUAGCUCUAGCAAACAAUCCUAUUUUCCACGCUAGAACAAAGCACAUCGAAAUUGAUUAUCAUUUCAUUCGGGAACGCAUUCUUUCUAAAGAUAUCGAUGUGCAGCACAUACAUUCAACCGAUCAACCGGCAGAUAUACUCACUAAACCAUUGUCUCUCGCUCGAUUCACUAUGCUUAGAGACAAACUUACCGUUCAAUCUCUCGAACCAUAA